UCCAGACCCACAGCGCCCUCUCUCGGCCUAAACUUCCCAGCCGUCUACUCACAGGUACAGUGGGCAGGCUCCAUGGCUUCUUGAGGCCAGUAGGACCAAUCCCUUAGUCCAGACCCCUUAUUCAUCCCGGGCAGCGCCCGUCCACGAUUGACCCAUGAGGAAUGGCCUUUCCCGGGCUACCUGCUGACUGCUAGCGGAUCCAUGAGAUUCAUUUCUCUUCGUCCAGCCUCAGAGACACCCCAAAUACCCGUAUAUGCUUUUCAUGCUGCACUGUCUUCUAUGGGCAACAGCGGCGUCACCUUUCAGGGCUCAUAGGUGCAUUUAUAACUCUGAAGGCCAGUCACAUUGGAAAAAAGCACUGUGGGACAGGACCAACAGAAUGGAUUCCUGGUCUGCAGCCUGUACCCUGUUCAAACACACACAAAUGCCCUGUAUUCUUCCCACACAUUAUGUUUGCCCUUUCUUACCAAGGCCUGCUCCGCUUAUUUCCAACUCUCUUCUAGUACCAGGUAUCACUUAGAACAGAGAGGCACAGCCUCGGGUGCACCAAUGAGCCAAGUGGAGUUUGAAAUGGCCUGCGCUUCGCUCAAGCAGCUGAAGGGUCCUCUGAGCGACCAGGAGAAACUACUAGUGUACAGCUUCUACAAGCAGGCCACUCAGGGAGACUGUAAUAUCCCUGUCCCUCCAGCCACAGAUGUGAAAGCAAAGGCCAAAUGGGAGGCAUGGAAUGUGAACAAAGGGAUGUCCAAGAUGGAUGCCAUGAGGAUCUACAUUGCCAAGGUGGAAGAGCUGAAGAAAAAUGAGCCCUGCUAAGGACAUUUUGGCAGACACAAGGAAGUAGCAUGGCCCCAUUGGUAGUGAAUGGGCUUAAGAGCUCCUGACAGCUGAAACGCAUUGAAAGGGUAUAGCAAGGUUAGCGGAGACAUCAAUAAAUCACUUGAACAGC